AUGGGAUACUACAUGAAUUCGACUUCGGAACUGAACACUUUGUUCACAGCUAUGAACGACUCAGUAAAUGAUUUUAUUACUUCUGAAGAAAACUAUGAGAUUAAGGACCAAGAUAUUGCUACUGCUGUUAACUUAACCUAUUAUACGAUGGUGUUGGUCUUAGGACUACCAGGUAACACUGUUAUCAUGAAAGCCUACGCAUGGAAAAAACGGAAGACGAGCACGGAUAUCCUCAUUAUGGCUCAAGCGACAGUCGACUUCGUCGCUUGUGUAUUUUGUCCUGUCUUCACCAUCCGCAAUGCAUUCCCAGGGCUGAUGACCAAAGGUUUGUGCCAUGCGUCAUCUCUCGCCAAUAAUGCAACGGCUUUCGCCUCACUUUAUCUGACCACUGCGAUCGGCAUCGAUCGCUACAUGGCUGUAUGUCGUCCAUUACGACGACGAAUGACGGUACGUAUGUCCAUUUUCAUUGCAAUACUGUGUACGGUCGUUUCCAUCGUGACUAACAUUCCAGCUGCAGUGUUUACUGAAGUUCGUCACUUCGGAAGUAUUGGAAGAAGCCUGUGCUUCGUUUAUGGCUCUUACGUCUUGGGUACAACAAUGUCGACUUUGGUGUUAUUCACCGUAUCGCUGAUGACGAAUACUGUCCUUUACGCUUUGAUCUACGUUGCCCUUCGUAAGAGAGCAAAGAUUAACGCCGACAUGACGGGGAAGCAUCCCGUUGUCGCUACUGUUGUAGUCCCCAUCAUUCCACUUCCGGCACUUCUAAGAGCUAGUCAAAUUUCGGGACAUAUGGCGGUUAUCCAGAUCCUCUACUCUCUCAGACUCCUUAACCACAUCGUCAAUUUCUUCGUCUACUAUUUGGCCAACAACAGUUUCAGAAGAAACGUCAGAGAGUCGUGUAAACAUUGCAGAUGCACCCAGAAGUUGAUCAUGUAA